GUGCGUCCUCACAAUACAGUUAGUCUUUGUACGAAUGUUAACAUGCCACGUGCGUUCGAUGCUUUAAUGAGACCAUAAAUAAUAAUAUUCUCUGAUUGGAUAUUGGCAGUUAUUUUGACGAAUUAUGAUUGGUUCAUUCAGUUGCCUAUUCUUAAGAGUGUCUAAGACAGGGCAAGAUGAAAAUAUGGGUGUUAGGUGUUCUUUGUUUAGCUAUUUUGGUACACGGCGAAGAUUUUCCAUCUUUGAUAACCGCAAAUGCUUCUAUAGCCGUAAUUUUGGAUCGCCAGUACCUGGGUGACAAGUACCAAACCGUGCUAGACGAACUGAAAGAUUAUAUAAAGGAAUUGGCGCGGGUUGAACUGAAGCAUGGAGGUGUGCUUGUCCAUUACUAUUCGUGGACGACCAUUAGCUUGAAGAAAGGUUUCCUAGCGGUAUUCAGUAUAGCGUCAUGCGAAGACACAUGGGAAUUAUUCUCGCGUACGGAAGAAGAAGAUCUUCUUCUGUUUGCCUUGACAGAAGUGGACUGCCCACGGCUCCCACAGCGCUCUGCUGUAACUGUAACUUAUUCAGAGCCCGGUGAAGAAUUACCGCAGCUUCUCUUAGAUUUGAGGAGUUCGAACGCUAUUAGUUGGAAGUCUGCUGUCAUACUACAUGACGACACUUUAGGCAGGGACAUGGUGUCCCGUGUGGUACAAUCAUUGACUUCACAAAUUGAUGAGGAAAGCGCGCGACCGGUUUCCGUUACGGUGUUUAAGAUGAAACACGAAAUGAACGAAUAUCUAAGAAGGAAAGAGAUGCAUAGAGUUUUGUCUAAGCUCCCAGUUAAAUAUAUCGGCGAAAACUUCAUAGCAAUAGUUACUUCGGAUGUGAUGACAACAAUGGCGGAGAUUGCGCGGGAGCUAUUAAUGUCCCACACCAUGGCUCAAUGGUUGUAUGUUAUCUCGGAUACUAACGCUCACGCAAGUAACCUAAGUGGAUUUAUUAAUACACUCUAUGAGGGCGAGAAUGUAGCUUUUAUAUACAAUAUCACUGAAAAUGGACCGGAUUGUAAGAACGGUUUGAUGUGCUAUAGCCAAGAGAUGAUGAGUGCUUUUAUAUCGGCACUGGACGCUGCAAUACACGCCGAGUUCGAUGUGGCUGCUCAAGUCUCAGAUGAAGAGUGGGAAGCGAUCAGACCCAGCAAAGUACAACGGAGGGACAUCCUACUUAAGCACAUGCAGCAAUACAUAUUGGCGAAAAGUGUCUGUGGAAACUGCACAUUGUGGCGAGCAUUAGCGGCCGAUACUUGGGGCGUUACGUACCGGCAAAGUGAUGUAUCUGAACAAAUUAAUGAACAUGCGAAUGGUUCUACCGGAGUUAUUGAGCAUCUUGAAUUAAUGAAUGUCGGAAUUUGGCGUCCAAUCGACGCUAUGACGUUUGCGGAUUUAUUAUUUCCUCAUGUGCAUCACGGGUUUAGAGGGAAAGAAUUACCGAUAAUAACUUAUCAUAAUCCUCCGUGGACGUUCCUACAAGCAAACGAAUCGGGCACAAUCGUGAAAUACAGUGGACUUAUGUUUGAUAUCGUCAAUCAAUUGGCUAAGAACAAAAACUUUACGAUCAAGAUAAUGCUCCCGAGUCAUGUCAAACACGAGUUUUCCAAUGAAACUGACAUGAUGCACAGUCAAAGUGCUCGGCUAACAAUAGCGGCCAUUGCAAAAGGCCAUGCGGCUUUGGCUGCUGCCCCAUUCACAGUAUUACCUGGUCCUAAUCAAGGUAUCAACUACACAAUUCCAGUGAGCACUCAGCCGCACACAUUCAUUGUUGCCAGGCCUCGGGAACUCAGCAGAGCCUUACUGUUCCUACUGCCUUUUACUACCGAUACAUGGCUCUGUUUGGGUUUCGCCGUGAUAUUAAUGGGUCCUAUGCUGUAUAUAGUUCAUCGUUUAAGUCCAUAUUACGAAGCCAUGGAGAUCACACGCGAAGGAGGACUGGCCACAAUUCACAAUUGUCUCUGGUACAUUUAUGGGGCGUUGCUGCAACAAGGCGGGAUGUAUCUUCCAAGGGCAGACAGCGGUCGUUUAGUGAUCGGAACUUGGUGGCUAGUCGUAUUAGUUAUAGUUACCACAUAUUCUGGUAAUCUUGUUGCGUUUCUAACGUUUCCAAAAUUAGAAGCGCCCGUUACGACAAUAUCGGAGCUAUUGAAGAACAGCGAUGCUUACACUUGGUCCGUAACCAAAGGAUCUUAUUUAGAAAUGGAGCUGAAGAAUUCAGAAGAACCAAAAUACAAGCGACUGAUAAAAGAGGCUGAGUUGCUUAAGGAAACUGGGGGAAUCGAAGGAACUAUACAUGCCGCAAGGGGAACCCUGGAUCGUGUGCGCGGUCAGCGACAUCUGAUCUUCGACUGGAGGCUCCGACUCACGUAUUUGAUGAGCGCCGAUCACAUAGCGACAGAAACCUGCGACUUCGCACUGGCCGUUGAAGAUUUCAUGGAGGAACAAGUGGCUAUGAUAGUACCGGCCGGCAGCCCUUAUUUGCCUGUCAUCAAUAAAGAGAUCAAUCGAAUGCACAAAGCCGGCCUGAUAUCAAAAUGGCUGAGUGCGUAUUUGCCUAAGCCGAAUCGUUGUUUAAAAAUUUCGACAGUGACUCAAGAAGUGAGUAAUCACACUGUCAACUUGAGUGAUAUGCAAGGAUCCUUCUUCGUACUGUUUUUAGGACUUUUCUCCGCAUUGACAGUGUUGAUUCUGGAGUGGUUCUACAAUAGGAGGAAACGAAAAAGCGAAGAAAUAGUCAUCAAGCCUUAUGUUGAAUAAAACGUAUACGCGAACGUAA